AUGGAACACCAAGGGGGGAGCUUCCGUCAAAAUGACAAAGGCGAGAUGGGGGCUGUGGUGGAAGUGGUAACUGCAUGGGAAAGGACGAAGAAAGGGAUUGACCCAGCAUCCUCCCCCAGGGGAAAACCGCAACAGGUUGGAAGGGUAUCUGAAGAGGAUGACUCGAAUGGCGAGUCCCCCCCCCAUUCAGUGAUUAAUGAACUGGCUCAUCCAUACGGUGGGCGAGUGAAGAGAUUUUUAACCCCCCCGGAUAAGGUAACAGCAGACAUGAACCACCAGGUGAAUUAUUCAUCAUGUGGUGCGAUUAACAGAGGAGAAGAUGACACACGUGAGGAAGAAGGAAUGGAUGGUUCGGUCCCUUCCUUGCACCGCAGCUAUGGCAGUGAAGAUGCUCCAUGGAAGUCAACCCGAGAGAGUUCAGAUGAUGUGGGGGGGGUGCACCAUGAAGGGGAUGCAGCAUCGAGCGACGAAGGGGAAAUGUCCCUUCGUGGGGAGGUCUUCCCAAGUAAUGAUUCAUUCCUGCGUGAGGAGGAUCCGAUAAGGGAGAGCCUCGACGAAAGAGAAAAAAGAAACGUCUACAGGAAGGCUGACGAAAUAAUAAACCAGGACUCCGGAGGGGGAGAGGACUGGUUGUUGAGCGAGGCGGAGGUGAAUGAACAGCCAAGGGGGGAGACAAAGCAGCAGAGUGGGGUAAGGAAGCACAACCUAUUGGAUCGACACGCGUUCAACCUAAGUGCAGGAGAGCUGCACUCCUUUCUGAAGCGGGACAAGUACCACUUAACCAAAAUGAAGACUCGCAUGAGGAACGUGGUAUACAGGUACCUCUACGAACGCGCAAGGGGGAAAAACCAUCCAGGUGAAAAGGAAAGCAUGAAUGGUGAAGCAUCCAGCAUGCCACCAACAGAUACGUUAGAGGCAGAGACAGAUGUGGCCACGUCGGACAUUGCAAACCUCCUACAUACGGAGUGCACCAUACGAAAGACAAGAAUCGCUCAGUUAAGGAACGUAAGUAAGUUGGUCUGUGACCGGAGGAACGACAAGUGCAUGCAGAUUUUGAGGUACAAAAACGUGUACCUGUUUGGUGGGUCCGGUUGUAGCCCGCAGGGUGAGCCUACUACGCCACCCCGUCAGGGGGAAGUGACCCCGCAGAGGCUUACCCCUAGUGGACGUCACCCCACUUGCCGCUUCACCUGCAACAACCACUUCGUGUGUCUGCAAAGAAAGGAUGACGAGGUGCACGUGUUCAGUCACAGGGUGCUAAGUCUAAAUGAGUUUAUUUUUUUUAAAGACAAGGAGAGUAAGACGACCAACCAGGAGGAAAUAAGCAAAUACCUGGACGAUUUAACAUGCAGUGGGUUCGAAAGAAGCUGCAAAAGGAUUAAGUUGGAUUGGGGAGCCUACCCCUUCUACAUCAUUAAGGAUUCCUCGUGGAAAGAAAUUAAAAGCAUCCACCUGAACGAAUCGAAUCAUUUGUGUAUAUACACAGAUGCAGGGACAUUUGUAUACGAACUGCUCUUUAUGAAUGGAACGAUUAGGGUAAAGUUUAGUGGGAGUUACUUCCAUCGGAGUGGGUCCUCACUGAAUCAGGUGGAUGUGUUAGAGGCGUACUUGCAUAGCGAGAAGAGGAUGAUCCAUGUGGGUUCUUGUAACCUUUUUUUACUCCAACGGAAUAGCAAGCUUUUUAAGGGUGACCUGUUCACCAUCGUGAAGGAGAUCAAAUUUAGGAAGCGAAUUUUAAGUGUGUCAUUUUCUGGCGAUUGGAUCAUCCUUUCGUUUAGUAACAGAGUUUCUGUUCAUCAUAAGGCCAGUGGGAAGGUCCACUUCGUUGUGCAGGUUAACUCACAGGGGGACGUCCUCGGGGGGGAGGUCACCAAAGAAGCCACGCAAAACGGCGUCCCAAAAGACGUCCAAAAAGGCGACCAAAAAGGCGACCAAGUGGAUAGCUCACAUGUUGGUGACGCAACCACGGUGGGUAUUUCCGAACCGACGCAUUGCAUCCCAUUCUUGUGCCCCCUCGAAGGGGACAACCUGUUCUGUCUAGCCUACGGGAGGAAGAUAACCAUAGUGGAGUAUUCCACGGAGAUUGUUGUUCUGAAGCAAUUUGCGAUGAAGCAUUCGGUGAAGCUUUUGCGAAGCGUCCGAAACAACGUUUUGGUGAUUUAUGGGGAGAAGGAGUUAUACGUAUACCAGCUGGUAUGCGUGAAGAAGGAGUUUUCUCUGGUUUUUUUUUUUAACAAAACGGUGAAGGACGCCAAGUGUUGGAAGGUACACGAUGAAGGUAGGACGUUUGAAUUUUACGGAGACGCCAUAAAGGUGAAGGUCAAGCUGAUUAAGAUUAACAGGGACGAUGAAGUGGCCAGGCGAAUUUUUUACGCACUCAAUGGGGGGCCAACAAAGGGGGAUACUACACAUGGUGGUAUUCCUCCUGGUGAUUCUCCCAUUGGGACCGUCGGGGAGGUCGCCCACUUCUACGUUAACCUCCUCUACAUCUACAUUCUGGACGGGGGUAAAAUUGACCUCGUGGUGGUGAAUUCGCUGGUCUAUUUGAUAUACCUGCUUUUCAGCCACCACAGGUAUGGCCUGCUCCUGGCGCUGUUGUUGCACCUAUACAAGGGAAACUGCUGCGUGCUGACGGACUUCCCCGUGGAUGAGGAGGACAGGAGGGACAAGCUGAAGCCGCUCUUCCACUUCCUCUUUGAGACAAGAAUGAACGAUAUAGUAAAAAAUGGAAACAGGUUUGGGAUCGACCCACGGAACAGCAUCUACCAUGUUUCAGACCACACAUCUAACAGUGUGUCCCAAAACUUUCAUUCAAUGGGAUCAUCUUCCGAAUCUACUGCCUCACCAUCGGUCGAUCAACCUAUUUGCGAAUCGAUCAGUGUUUCUUUAAACGAUAACGUGUCAACCGAUGAGGAAGAAAAAGCCACGGAAGGGUCAAUUCCCUCCCCUGGAGCAGUAACCCCCCAUGGAGGAGGAGGGAUCCGCAUCGGUGGAAGAGCCAUUUCAGAUAAGUGCAUCGAAGAACUGCAGAAGUUGUGUCUUUUGGGGAUAGAGAUUAGUAUUCGAUACAAUAUGAACCUGUACGAGUGCAUGUUUCAGUUACUUCGUGGGUUCGGUGCAGAGACUGUCUACUUCCAUCUCAUAGAGGAAUACAUCCUGAGGAAGAGGAUUGGAAUAACUCACCCUUCGCUGGUGGAUACACUGACAGAACAUUUUAAGCGGCUCUACAGGAUGUUUUCCGAGUAUGACGAUUCGUGUUAUGACGUGUUUUUGUUCUUUUGCAGUUUCGUCCGGGGGGCGUUAGGGGGAGACCAUCUGAAUGAGCAGCGUCUGAAUGAGAAGCAUCUGAAUGAGCAGCAUCUGAUUGAGCAACGUCUGAUUGAGGUUGUAUUCUCACCUUUCCAAAAGGACGACGAUUGUAGCGAUGAACCAGGUGGAAUGCUCUGCGGUGACGGAUGUGCAGACUUGGAUGCACACCUGUACCUGCACCACCUGGGGGGGAAGAACAUCUGGAGGAAGAUCAAACGGGUCUAUUCCUUUAUCUGCAUAGUGGAGUUGUUUUUCCGUCUCUUUGAGGGAAUAAUCCUAGAAGGGGACAUAGAAGGGGUCAUCUCACACUUUCCAAUUCAUCUGAGUGCCUUCCUUUACAACAAACACAUUGAAGACAGAACCACCACAGCGGAAUUUUUCAUUUCCUACCUGAUCAGAAAAAAAAACAACCUCUUCUAUAGCUUCUGUAGAUGCAACAGUCUGAGGAGUGACGAGCUUCCCAUUUAUCUGCCGAUGUAUUUGUAUAGGAAUUUUUUCCAUUCCUACUUUCUUUUCGAUUUUGUCUUCUCCGUUUUUUUUAAGGUUCCCUUCAGCGUCGGCUUGGACCGGUUCGCAGUUCCGUUGGAGGGGGGCAUCUCUCUGAGGGGGUGCCAGGGAAAGGUGGACGAAGAGGUGGGCGCGAAUUUCCAAUUCGAGGAUUGUUUGAAUUACAAAAAUGUGUUUUUCCUAUUUUCUCCUUUCCGCGUGGAGAGAGAGAACCACUGCACGUUGAACCGGACCAUUCUGUCUCUCUGGCGGUACCUGCUGGAUGGAACGGACGGCCAGAUGGGAAGGGGUCUCUCCAGCGGUGUUUGCAGUGUUGUCAGUGUUGCUAAUAUUCGCAACGUUGAUCGUGGUGAUGAUGGGGGCGGCUUCCUGGCGUUCCUCUCACCCAACUGGGGAAGAAGUUCAGAUGACGCCACCUGUUCAGAAAGAAACGACAAACAAAAGAUACACCUGAACGACUACUUUAACCUGGACAAAAACGGCAUCUUCCUCCUGCUGCAGUUGUCAUUGAAGGAUACCUUCUACUUAUUGAAUAGGAGCCUCUUCCAGUAUGACUUUACGGAUCACUACGAUGUGGUUAACCUGUUGGUGCGUAAUUUGUGUCUUUUUUACCUGCACAUGGUCAUAACGUUUAUCGUCUACCUGACAUACUUAAGGAAUAUUCUCAGACAUAGCUUAUCGGAGGAGACGUGCGUCCAGAUAUACAGGGAAAUCCUUCUCACCGUUAAUAGUUGCAAAAAGUACGACGAAGUAUGUGACCUGUGUGUGAGGCUGACCCAUGUGAUUGAAUCGGAGAGACACACCCACCUGCAGAAGAAUCUCCCAACCAUAGUUAGGUGGAUCGCGUUGCAACUUUUUUACCUGAACAGACAUAGGAAGGAAACGGCAAACUCAGUAACGUAUUUUCUGAUCCUCUUUUUCAUCCUGCAGGGUGACAGUGGUGACAGCUACUUUUUUGAUUACCUCCUGGGUGUCUACUUUGUGAACUUCCUCCUGCGAUUAUCCUGUGGGGGGGGUGAAAAGAAUCGGAUGAACCAAACACGAGGAAGACGCCGCUUUGGGAAACUCACGAAAAGGUGUUUUCACUUUGCGAAGCAGAAUUACCUGCACAAGGUCAGGCCAUACCUGAAAGAACGAAGCUUCCUUCGAACCUUCCGCUUGAAGGAGACCAACUUACGUAUAAAUAGGAGGGACGUCAGGAAGAACGUGGAAGAGACGUCCUCUCCGGAGAGUAACUUGGUGAAUUACCUCCUGGGGGCGGUCUACAACGUGGAUGUUACUGACCUGCUUCGUCAUCAUGGUGAUGUUGCAGGUGGUUCUGGUGGUGAUGAUCCUGGGGGAUGCGCGUUUAAGAGGGUGCCCACUCGGGCGGGGAAGACAAAAAAAGAGCAGAAGCAGGAAGACAUUUUCUGUGUGCAGUUUUGCAGGAGGCACUACGGGUAUAUUCUGCUACUAUACGUGAAGAGGUUGCUGGUUUUGCACGAGGGGGGGUUAUCCUCACGGGGGAAGAAUCGUGAGAAGGUAAAUCCAGAACAGUCCAGUAAAGACACAACGCAGCAGCGACGCCGCAGGAGGAAGGUAGAGAAGUUGCUGAAGUACAUCCUCUUCUUCAGCCACGUGCGAAAAUGCGAACCGGUCUAUCUGGUCAUACUGAACCACUUCGGUCGGUACGACGUUCUGUUGGACCAUUACCGAGCCAGGCAGCAAUGGAAGAGCAUGUAUGCCUACAUUUUUGGGAACAUUUUUUUUUUCUCUAAAGAGAGGAAAGUGAAGAGAAGGCUCCGUGGGUACCUAUUCUAUGGGGAUGUCCUUCAGCACGUCGAUGUGAUGAGCGAUAUUUUCGUGAAUUACCUUUUGGGGAACUACGUCCUUUUUCACAACCGCACGGUGAGGCUUCUCCGGGGGGGAGCAACCCCGAAGGGGUCAGACAAAACGGUCAUGCACACCAACGUCAGGAAGGGAGACGAGACGAACCAAUCCCCAUGGGGGAAGGAACACCUAAUGAGUCUGUGCAAGCUGUUCACCAGAACGCUGAUUCGGUGUCAAAACUUCUCUGACCUGAUGAAGCAACGAGUUUAUUACCUCCUCCUACAUGAAGCUCGUAUGCCCAGCAGGAUACAAAGGUACCUCCACAGGAAGAUCUUUUAUGCCUACCUAACUCUCCUCUGCAAGUAUAAAAAGGGCCACGUGUACCGAUGCGUCAGGUAUGUUAAUGUAGAAAAAUACAAGGAGCUGUUUGAGCUCCACGGGAACGUGAAUGUCCUCCUCCAUUUGUAUGAAAAGCAGGGGAAGUUCCUAAACAUCGUCGAUCUGUGUCUUAAGCUGAUCAGGGAGAAUAUUCUAAAGUUGAAAAAUGCAUUCUGUCGAGAGGAAGAUUGGUUUGUGCCGAAGGAUGUGACGUAUGGGGACAUGUACUCGGUUCGCUUUUGCAGCCGCAUCGAUAUAUACAAUCUAAGUGCCAUGCCGUUGAAGAGGAGCGUCCGCCGACUGCUCCCACGGGGGGACAGCAAAGGUGAUCGUGCUCAUCAUGCAGGUCAUGAUGAUGAGGAGCAGGAUGUGCUAGUCGGAAGUGUCACUCAGAGGGACUCAUUUUUGGGAAAGCUCCUCAGCCAAGUGAACAGCGCCGAGGAGAGGAUCGCCUGGGAGAGCUACUUCGUGAAGACGCCUCUCUGGGGGGGCAAGCCGAAACGAAAUCGCCCCAAGGGAGAUACAAACGGGAUGACCACCAUUGGAGAUGCAAAGAAGGCGCACCUGUUGAAAGCGUGCCGCAUAUUUCUCACGCGAGAAUACAAUGUAGUCUUCCUCUACAUCUACAUGCUGACCUCUAUCCUGCGAAGGAACAAACUACAGAACGAUCGGAUUAAUGAGUAUGUUUUUUUUUUCAUCGUAAAUGAGUGCGUGAGGGGCUUCAUCAGCGUGUGUGAGCACCUGGUGGGUGGUGCACAGGGGCAGCACGAUGAACGAGACCUCCUUAGAGAAAAGGGGCAUAGCACAACUUCGCCACAGUGCCAACCGUCAGAGAAGAAAGACAAGGAGGUACACAUACACCCAGAUGGGGUUGCAUUUUUUAGCUACCUGUUUGACCAAGUAGUCUUCUUCGUUAUAAACAUAAGUUCGCACCGACAUGUUCAGAGGAUCUGCAAGCAGCUACUGGUGAAGUACCGAAUGUUUCAGGUAAAGCUGGUGAGACCUCCUCUUAUUGGUCUUCUAAAAAGCAUGACGGAGACCUACUCACUCCUUAGUAACAGUUGUCACGUGUUGGAGAGACGGAUAAAGAGGCAAAUAGAGACAUACACGUUUGAGCGGAAGAAGGGGCUCGUGGUGGACUUCCACGUGGACCACACGCACCCCUUCAACAUAAAGUUGUGUGCCCGCAACAAGCGGGGGGGCGAACCCGCACGCCAGUAUCGGAACGACCAAAUCAAUCAGUCCAGUCAGCCCAUUCAACCCAAUCAGCUGAUUCAGCAGGAACAGGAGGAACUGCUUCCCGAGAACUGCAAAGAUUGCACCCCCCUUGGUGACGCCCUUUGGCUGAGCAAAUGCGAACACAGUCAUCACUUUUCCUGCUCGCAGAGGUGCCACCUGUGCGGCGCGAGUGCGGAGCAGUCGAGGAAGUCAGUUCCCUAG